AUGACAAGCCAUAAAUCUCUGAUGGAAGACUUGACUGUGAUUGAAUUGAUGGGCGAUAUUAAAAUGCCCAGUCAUCUGGCGAUUCCAUCAGCAUCGAAACCCAAAAGGAAAAAGCUAAAACGGAUUUUAUACUGGACAGAGUAUUUCGGAACUAAAGACUAUCCGUUCAAACUGGGCGACAAAACGUUCAAAAUGGCCGGAUGUCGUGUUAGCAAUUGCCAAUUGACGGACGAUCGGAAUCUAUUGAAUACCAGCGAUGCCGUCAUCUUCCACAUCAACGAUUUCGACGAUAGAGACUUGCCGGACCCAAUUCAUCGACUUGCCCAUCAGCGGUUCAUCUUUUACAAUUUCGAAACGAUGGAUGGAUAUCAAGACUAUCCAUUUUUCAAGAAAACUCACAACUUUUUCAACUGGACCAUGACUUAUCGGCGUGAUUCGGACAUUUACGACGCCUGGACUUAUGGCGCCAUUCGACGCCGGACCAACGCCCUUCCACCACCGACCAGCAUGCCCAUCAGACUGGGCCUGGAUGUUCUUCCGCCUGAUCCGGCUGCCAUGAUGAUGCCCAGCAGUCGACACUUAUUGCUGGCCAAAAAGACGAAAAUGGUCGCCUGGUUCGUCUCUCAUUGCCGCACUGAGAGUCUCAGGGAGAAAUAUUUCCAGUGGCUGGGCCAGCACGUUCCUAUCGACACGUACGGCAGUUGCGGAUCACUCAAAUGUGUUCCGGUGCGGAGUGAAAAGUGCGACGUUGAGUUGCUGGACAGUUACAAGUUCUACGUGGCGGCCGAGAAUGCCCUUUGUCCCGAUUACGUCACAGAGAAAUUCUACCGGGCACUGGCCGCCGACAUUGUGCCCAUCGUCUACGGAGGUGCCGAUUACUCGGCCUACGCCCCGCCCUCUUCUUACAUUGACGCGGGAGAUUUCAAAUCACCAAAAGCCCUGGCCGAUUAUUUAAAGUUACUGGACCAAAACGACGGCCUUUAUCUGAAAUAUUUCGACUGGAAAAAAAAUUACGAGGUGGUCAACUGGCCAGUCAGCGGCUGGUGUCAACUUUGCGAGAAACUCAACGAUGCCCAGCAGACACCCAAAGUCUACCAGGACAUGACGGACUGGUGGUUCCAUCAAAAUAUCCCGUGUCUAUCCGGAUAUGAUUACCUUGAACAUUUACUCCAACAAGACGCCAAAGAUAAUCAGCAAAGAUGA